UUGACGAUGCUGAUGGUCGUCUUUGGAGGAGUUUUGAUCAGCCCCAGCCCGAUGGCCAGCUUCUCGCUAUGAAAGUAGAGGAUGUCCUCCUUCUCCUCCUCCUCAGCGUCAUGCAGCACUUGCUUGGUAUCGGAUUUGGACGAGGUCCGGGUGCCAGGAAUCGCCCACGAUGAACUCGCUCGUCUUGCCGUUGAUCUCGAUCCAGCUCCUGCCGCCGGGCUUCUUUAUUCCUCGGUCACGCAUCAACUUCUGGACUUUGGCGGCCAUGUCCCACUUCCCAGCGUCCGAGUAGAUGUUGGAGAGGAGGCUGUAAGGCCCGGCGCGGUGCGGAGCCAGCCGGAAGACGUGCUCCGCGGCUCGAGCUCCAAUCUCCACGUUGCGGUGGAUCCGGCAGGCCUGCAGCAGCGACAUCCACGACACCGAGUCGGGAGGGAUCGGCAUCCGGUUGAGGAACUUCUCGGCGUCGGCCAGCCAGCCAGCACGCGCGAGAAGAUCGACCGCGCAGCCAAAGUGCUCGGCAACCAGCGGGAUCCCCCGGUCGGGCUCGAGCGUGGUGAAGUAGUGCCAGGCCUGGUCGACGAAGCCGCCGUGGCUGCAAGCGUAGAGGACGUGCGUGAAGGUGACGCUGUCGGGCUUGUAGCCGUCCUGCUCCAUGCUCCAGAAGAGCUUCAAGGCGUCGCCAAAGUGGCCGUUUCGAGCGUAGGCCACCACCAUGCUGGAGAAGGUGAUGUUGUUCGGCUCCAGCGUCUGGUCGAAGAGCUCGCGGGCCUCGUCGACUCGACCACACUUCGCAUACAUGUUGAGCAGCGCGGUAUGCAGCACGACGUCGAUGCAAACGCCCGAGGUGAUGAUCCGGUCGUGGAGGUGGCGGCCUUGGGCGAUGGCGGACAGGUUCCCGCAAGCGUCCACCAGCGUCGCGAAGGUGAGGGCGCUGGUGAUCCGGAAGCCGUCCUGGUCCAUGACGCGCAGGAGCUCCAGCGCCGACGCCUCGCGGCCGCACUGGAUCCUCCCGGCCAGCAUCGUCGUCCACGACACCUCGUCGCGCGACGGCAUCGCCCAGAAGGCGCGCUCGAAGUCGUCCAUGCCGCCGCAGCGGCGGUACAUGUUGAGCAGCGAGUUGGCCACCACGGGGUCGUGGAGCAUGGCGGUGCUCGCGAGCGGCGCGGUGAUGGAGCGCCCGAGCUCCAAGUUGGCGGUGUCGGCCACCGCGCAGAAGAUGGCGCUCACGACGUGGGCGUCGGGGUGGCAGCCGCGGAGCUGCAUCGCGCGGUAGUGGCCGAGCGCCGCGCGGGGCAGCGCGUUGCGGAGGCAGGCCGAGAUGAGCAUCAUCCAGGAGAAGACGUUGGGGUCGGGCUGGCAGGCGAAGACGGCGUGCGCGCUCUCCACGUCCCCGCACUGGCCAUACGCCUGGACGAGCUUGUUGGAGAGGUAGCGGCUGCGCAGGGCGCCGGUGGCGAGCAUGAGCGCGUGGAGCUGGUGGGCUUGUGGGAGAGCUCGCUCGGCGGCGCAGCGGUGGAGGAGGAGCUCCACCGCCUCGCGGACGAGGCCCGGGGGGUGUGGCUGCCGCUGGAGCGCCGCCAGGACGUCCUUGACUGGGAGGCGCUCCACGUCGUGCCUGGUGAGCAGCAUCUGGGUCGACGAUUCUGGGCUCUCUUGAGCUGCCAGCGCCGAUGCUCGGCGAAUCCAUGACCGCCCACGACGAGAACUCGUGCUCCUCCUCCACCACAUUUACGCAAUGCCAUUCAUUCCCCAGGUACCUAAAUGAUCACCCUCCAAGACCUUUGGACUGAAACUCUUGGAGCUAGCAAGAUCAGUGGGACUGCCACAACUUCUUUGAGAUCAAACUAAGCUCUCACAAAUCCUGGAGAGAGAUCUUUCAUUUCAAGGGUGGAAGAAUAGUGUUAGAACGAGAAGGUCCCGGAUCUUUCAGGUGGUAUCCAACCCACGCCAUGGUAGCGAGCACUCACCACUCCACAUUUAUCACCAUCCAGACCUCGAUCGCACGAACAUAAUCCAUGACACCCUUCUCGCUGCCAAGGCCAUCUUUGCUUGAUGCAAUCUCUUGCUUUGUUUGUAGGUAGCGUUUCUCCAGCUCCUUGACCAUGUCCACCACCUUGACUAUGGCUUCGUUCACGCAAAGGUUGUGGUUGUAAGCCAGGAUGGAGACCAUAUUGAGGUACUUCCCACUCGUCCACUCCUUGAAUGAGAUCAAGUCGUUGUGGAUCGC